CUCUCUCUCUCUCUCUCUCUCGUUUUCGCCUUCCCGAGUCCGUCGAGCGAUUCUUCAAGGAAAGAAGGGACUUUUUGUUGGUAAUAUCCUUUUGUUGGGUGCCGAUCGGGGUUCGGGGAUCGGGAAUCAAUACCGUCGUGCGAUGAGGAAGAGGGAGAGGGAGAACCCCUGCGACGUUUGCGGGCAUUACCACAAGUACGAGGAGGGCGAGGUCUGCGGGGUGUGCGGCCACCGGGUUGCUGCCGCGUUGGCGCGGCCGAUCCAGCAGAGCAGCGCUUUCCCUUCAGAGAUCGUCAAGGAUUUCCUCUACCUCGGCAGCUACGACAACGCCUCCCGGAGGGAGAUCCUCAAAACCCUCGGCAUCACUCAUGUUCUCAACACAGUACCAACUUGCCAAAAUCUAUACAAGAACUCCUUUACUUAUCAUUGCCUCCAAGAUAACAAGAGUCUACAAUUUGAUGAAGCAAACCAAUUUUUAGAGAAAUGUGACAAGGACAAAGCUCGUGUGCUUGUCCACUGUAUGUUGGGAAAGAAUAGAUCUCCAGCAAUUGUGAUAGCCUAUCUGAUGAAAUGCAAAGGAUGGAGAUUUUUACAAAGUUAUCAGUGGGUUAAAGAUCGUCGACCAAUGGUGGAGUUGUCUCCAGCUAUCCAUCAGCAAUUGCUGGAGUAUGAAGGAAAACUUUUUGGAUCCAGUGAAGCCAUGACUCUGCAGCUAUCCAUCAGCCAUGACUCUGCAGCCUCUGAAUCACUUCCAUCUUUUGGGUUUGGAUUCCCAAAAGCAGCCGAUACAUCUUCAGCCCCAAUGUUCAAUCAGCCAACCUCAUCUGUCUUGGAACGAUCCAUUCCAAAUGCGUUCGGAAACGAUUUUGUCUUUGGAGCAGAAAGAAAUAUAGAGCAGAGAAUGAUGGAAACCGGUGCUUUCGUCAUCGUGCCACCCAAUGCGAGUGAAACCCCUAUGGACAGCUCGUAAAGAAUUGGUCCGGCCUGUUCCGCAAAAGGUGAAAUCUGCUGCUGAAAAAAAUGGAGGUCCACUUUGUAUCCAUAAGAUGGGUGAUGUGAAUAUGGCUUGUCACUCGGGUUUGGCAUCACAAAGUGGUCUUUGGGAAACCGUUGUGUUGUAAACUUUUCUUCCACAUUUUCUAAGAGAACUGAAGAACGUUAUGAACGAAUAAUUUAUUGCUCAUACAAAUGUCCAACCACAGGAGGAAUUCUUGCUUGGGCCAUGUUUACCACGUGGUGUUAGCAACACGCACAGAAGUCUUUACGAUGA